AUGGAGUUGAGAAGUGUAACUGGUGCUAAGCAAUCUAAGCGCUAUCAGGUUGCAGAACGUCCGGUGGGAGAUGAUGAAUCUGACUCUCAAGAAGGGAACCCUUUGACGGGAAAUAGUCUGUCGAAACACAAGCCUUCCAUACCCCGUUGGCGACUUACUAUCUUUGGUGCGGUGGCCCUAGGAGUCGUGGUCCUCGCGUUCAAUCUUGGAUUUACUCUUUGGGCUGUUGGUCAUCGUAACUUGGAAAGCGGCGUUGGCACACUCAAUGAUGGGAAAUGCGAUCAAGUCCGUGAUCAAAGUAUUGCACUACAUCUCAUCAUCAACAUCCUGAGCACCAUUCUUCUAGGAGCAAGCAACUACUGCAUGGUUAGUGGCAUCUUAUGCAUUCGAUCGAAAGAGGCUUGGACUGAUACGACCGACCUCCAGCAAAGGCUCUCUUCUCCCACAAGAAAAGACCUGAAUGAGGCUCAUCGAAAGCACCGGUGGCUGGACAUCGGAGUUCCGACAAGACUGACCCUGAAAAGUUACAACUCUACAAUAUUUUCCACGACAUCGGCCAACGAUUAUGAUGUCUUUCUUGUGGGCAGGGAAGACUUUGUUUACAAGUCCAAUUCUCCUUACAAUGACCCACUGUCACGUCUUCACAAGAUGGCAGGCAAUGGCGAGCUAGCUCAUCUUGAUAACAAAGCUUGUAUAAACAGCUAUGCAGUUACGUAUCUAUCUGCAUACGGAAGCUUGCUCCUGGUCACUAGUAACAUGAGCCAAUCCCAGUAUGCCUUCGUCGCCGGACCGAAGGUAGUCAACGGCGGCGGGAGUGAUACGAACGAUCCAUACUCCUGGAUUUGCCAAGAUCACUCGAGGGAACACGACUGCAAUUAUUAUGUACCGACCAUCAGAGAUAACUCAGCAGAGUGGAAGAUUCAGGGUAAUCAGGUUCACUACUGUCUAGCAGAAACGACCCAAGAGCGUUGCUUGCUACAAUUCAGUCUUCCAUUGGCAAUAAUUGUUAUUGCUUUCAACUCGGUCAAGGUUUUUAUCAUGUUAGUUGUGGCCAUGCGGAUGAACAGUGUUCCCCUCCUGACUACAGGCGAUGCGAUUGCCUCAUACUUAAAAGAGCCUGACCCGACAACGCGCUAUCAAUGCCUACUUGCCAAAGAUCAAAGGGCAGGCAAAGGUUAUGCGCAUUUUAUAUAUAGUACAAAAGUGAGACGAUGGGGCUCAGCAGCAUCUAAUCGUCGCUGGGUUUUCACUCUGGGAUGUUGUGCCCUCGCUUUGUUUAUCUGUAUGCUCCUGUUGGGUUACGGUCUCCAUGUCACAAGUGAUGAUACAGGGGCGUGGAUGCUUGGUCUAGGCGCUACUUCCUCGCAGACUCUUAUACACGGCGUCUGGCCAACUUCUACAAUCGCCAAUACGCUCAUAGCCAACUGCCCUCAACUGAUCUUCUCAAUGCUCUAUUUUGCAAUAAACGGCCUGCUCAGCGCAAUGGCUUUGGCUCAUGAAUGGAGUCAAUACGCCGUACAACGAAAAGGACUUCGCGUUUCAGCCUGUCCCACAGGCUCUCAGCGGACAAGCUACUUCCUUUCUUUACCAUUUCGAUAUAGCCUUCCCAUGACGGCAGUUUCAGCAACUCUUCACUGGCUUAUCUCGCAGAGCCUAUUUCUUGUGAAGGUUUUUGCCUACAACACUGAUGGCAACCGGGAUCCAGGCCAGGACGUAGUUACUUGUGCGUGGUCACCAGUGGCCACACUCAGCGUUAUUAUUAUUGGUGGGCUAUGCUUCUUCGUCUUGAUAGGCAUGGGGGUGUUCAGGAAGUUUGAAUCAGGUAUGCCAGUUGCUUCCAGCUGUAGUCUUGCGAUAUCAGCUGCCUGUCAACCUGUUCCGGAGAGAAUUAAAGAAAUAGACCCUAUCUCGGCAACCCUCCCGUUGAAAUGGGGUGUUAUGAACGCGGGGUCUGAGAGGGAACAUUGCGGCUUUUCAAGCGAGGAGGUCGAGGCGCCACAGCAUGGACGAGUGUACCGUUAG